GAAAGAAAACAAAAAGAAAUAAUUCCUUUUGUUCCCUAGAGUCCAGCACACAUUUUUUUGUAGAAGGAUGAAUUGGUUGAUAGUCAACCAAUUAACAGUUCUCCUCUGGAAAAAUUUUACAUUAAAGAAGAGGCAGAUGAUUAGUUCAGUAACAGAAAUCUUGGCAGCAUUGUUGUUUGUAAUAAUGUUGUUGAUAUUCCGUGCAUUCACUGAUAUAAGCGUUGUUGGACCAUAUCAUUUCACACCUCAACCCAUUGCUACCAUGCCUUCUUUCAUCAAAGAUGCCAAAGAAUGGGAAUUGGUUUAUGUACCUUCUGAUAUUGAUGUGGUAACUGAAAUCAUUGAGAAUGUAAAGAAGAAUCUCAACACCAGUAUAAAAGUUCGAGGUUUUCCUUCAGAAGCUGAGUUUGAGAAGUAUAUUCUGUUUGAUUAUACAUCUCAGAAAGUGCUGGCUGCUAUUGUUUUUGACUGUGGCUUCAAAAACAAAAAUGAUCCUCUGCCACUUCAGGUAAAAUAUCAUUUGCGUUUUGUUGGUGUGCAGAGGACCAUCUCGUGGCCAGAAAAGAUAGGCUGGAAAAUAACAUUUCUUUUUCCUAAUCGCCCUUCUCUGCAACCCAGGAAUCCAAAUGUUCUUGAUGGAGGAAGUCCUGGGUAUAUAAGGGAAGGAUUCCUGGCAGUGCAGCAUGCCUUGGAUGUGAGCAUUAUGUUGUAUCAUGAAAGCAGUGCUGGGCAAAAGCUAUUUGAUGAAAUCAACGUUCUCAUACAGAGAUUUCCAUACCCAGCUCAUCCUCAGGAUAAAUUACUUUGGAUCUCCAGUCCUUUCAUCCCUUUGAUGUUCAUACUUACGUUCUCUUCCAUUGUACUUUCCAUUAUGCGAUCCAUUGUGUUUGAAAAGGAAAAAAGAUUAAAGGAAUACCAGCUCAUAAUUGGGCUUAGAAAUUGGAUCAUUUGGGCUGGCUAUUUCUUCACGUUCUUCCCUUUAUAUGCCAUCAUUAUCCUUUUGAUAUGUGCAUUACUCUUUAUCCAGGUAACGGAGCCAAUCUUGCGAUACAGUGACUUUAGUUUCAUCUUUGUCUUUCUUAUAUGUUAUGCCAUCGCAUCCAUAUGCUUUGCCUUUAUGAUUAGCACAUUCUUCAAUAAAACUCAUUUAGCUGCUUCUGCUGGAAACCUCCUGUUUUUUGCCAGUUUCUUUCCCUAUAACUUCAUCUCUGAACACUAUGAAAUGUUGGACCUUACUUCCAAGGUGACUGCUUGUUUGAGUGCAAAUGUUGCAUUGGCACUGGGGAUUAAUAUUUUAAUCAAGUUGGAAAUACAAGAGAUUGGUGUUAAAUGGCAUAACCUUUGGACACCAGCCAAUCUUGAGGAUAACCUCAUCUUUGGCUAUAUGUUUGGAAUGCUUUUGUUUGAUGCUUUCUUAUACAGCCUUGUCACCUGGUAUGUAGAGACUGUCUUUCCUGGGCAGUGCGGUGUUCCUCAACCAUGGUACUUUUUCCUUAUGCGUUCAUACUGGUUUGGCAAACCAAAAAUUAGAAAGAUUGCAGAAGAGACAAAGUGCUUACCCACAAUACAUAACUGUUUUGAGGUUGAACCUACCAACUUGGUGGCAGGUAUCCAAAUCAAACGUUUGCACAAGGAAUUUAGAAACAACCCCGCAAUAAACAACUUGUCAUUGAACGUGUAUGAGGGGCAGAUCACUGUUCUUCUGGGACACAAUGGGGCAGGAAAAUCCACAAUCUUGUCUAUUCUCACAGGUAUGUAUCAAUCUCCAUUCAGGGCAAAAGGAGAGGCCUAUAUUAAUGGAUAUAAUAUUUCAGAUAACAUGACUGAAAUUAGAAAAGACUUGGGCUUCUGCCCUCAACAUGACCUAUUGUUUGAUGACUUGACACUAUCAGAACACAUUUUUUUCUACUGUACGAUAAAAGGAAUAUAUCAGAACAUAAACUAUAUGGAAAUUGAUCAUAUGCUGUCUAUUUUUAACCUGAAAGAUAAUUUCCAUACAUUAUCAGGCUCAAUGAGUGGAGGAGUGAGGCGCAAGCUCUCCAUCAUUAUAGCACUUACUGGGUGCUCCAAGGUAGUUAUUCUUGAUGAACCAUCAUCUGGCAUGGACCCGAUGUCAAGAAGGGCCACCUGGGAUAUACUUCAGCAUUAUAAAUGCAAUCGGACCAUUUUAUUGACCACACACUACAUGGAUGAAGCUGACAUCCUGGGUGACCGCAUUGCCAUCAUGGUCAGGGGAACCUUGCACUGCUGUGGCUCUUCAGUCUUCCUGAAACAAAUAUAUGGUGCUGGAUAUUGCAUAGUCAUGGAGAAGGAACAACAUUGUGAUAUUAACAACAUCUUUGCAAUGAUUCAGCAUCAUGUUCCAGGUGCUGUAUUGAAAAAUGAUUUAGGAAGUGAGUUAUCAUUUAUCCUACCCAAAAAGUAUGUAUCAAGAUUUGAAGCUUUGUUUACUGAUUUGGAAAUAAAUCAGAAAACACUGGGCAUUGCUAACUUUGGAGCUUCAAUCACUACAAUGGAAGAGGUUUUCCUUAAGGUCAAUAAGCUGGCAGCUCCCCAAAGGAAUAUUCAGGCUAUCAAACCCUAUUACUUGACGUAUGGAAAGAUGAGACAAGAUAAGCAGCAGAAUGUGAAUAUACCCAGAAAUUAUAACAGACAAAAAUUUUCCUAUUUGAGUGAAAUUACUACCAUUAAAUUUAACACUGGGUUUCCACUUUACCGUCAGCAAUUUUGUUCCAUGUUUAUAAAAAGAGCACUAUUCAUUUGGCGCAACUGGAAGUUGAUGUUGCUACAGAUAAUAAUAGUUUUGGUUGUUACUACAUAUCUCUUAUUAGCUCUGCACUUAGAUGAUAACGACAUACCUGAAAGGGAACUGGAUUUGAGUCACUAUGGUGGAACCAUUGUGCCUUACUCAAUUUCAGGGAAUUCUGAUUUGGCUCUGAAUCUCACAAAGAACCUUAAGAUUUUUCUAAAGACAAAGAAUCAAAGCUUACGAAAAAUAAAAGGUGACGUAAAUGAUUACAUAUUGGAAAGUAAAGAGUGCCGUAGCUUCUGCAUUAUUGCACUUUCUAUUAAGGUUGAGAAAAAUAAAACAGUACUCACUGUUUUCUUCAAUAAUGAGGCAUAUCAUUCAUCUGCAAUAUCCCUGGCAGUAUUAGAUAACAUUCUUUUUAUGACACUAUCUGGACCCAAUGCUUCCAUAACUGUCUUCAAUAAGCCUCAGCCUCAACCUUAUUAUGGUUCUAACACAGUGCCUGUAAAUGGAUUACAAAUAGUACAGUGUUUGGCUUUUGGCAUUUCUGUGGUGGUCGGGACCUUUAGUCUCCAAACAGUGACUGAAAGGGUCAGUCAGGCCCAGCACAUCCAGUUCCUGAGUGGGGUAUAUGUCCUCACUUACUGGCUUUCUGCCUUGUUGUGUGAUCUCAUCUUCUUCUUCAUUCCUUCCUGCAUACUACUGGGCAUAUUCAGAUUCUGCCAAGUGGAUGCAUUUGUUGUGAGUUACAACUUUCUGGACACGAUGCUGAUUUUUAUGUUGUAUGGCUGGUGCGUUGUGCCUCUCAUGUAUCUUGGAAGCUUCCUGUUCCAUAGUAGCACUACUGCCUACAUCAAGCUCACACUCUUUAACUACUUUUCAACUGUUUUCAGUAUCGUCAUUUACACUAUAGUACAAUUUUAUGAUAGUGACUUUCCUAAGUUCAUCAACAGCCUCAUAAAAACAGCUUUAAUGAUUCUGCCUAGUUACAACUUUGCAAUGAGUAUCAGCAGGUAUUUUGAUGACUAUGAGGUGAAGACACUUUGUGCUAGAAAAUUCAGAAGCAUAUACAUGGAUUGUAGUGAGCCAUAUACUCAGAACAAUGUGUAUGGCUUUGGAGAGCAUGGGAUUGGAAAAUUUCUAAUCACACUGGCUGCCAUGGGUUUAGUUUUCCUCCUCUUACUUUUAUCCCUAGAGACUGUUUCCUGGAACCUGAAGAACUUUGUCUUUCGUAACAUUAUUUUUUACUUCUACAAUAAAAUCAGAAAAAGCAGGCAAGCUGUAGUAUCUAAUCAGCAAACCAAAAAAGAUGAAGAUGAAGACAUAAGGCAAGAAAGAAGGAAAGUCCUCACACUGUCAUCUCUCAGGUCACAGGAUACCCCACUGAUCCUUAAUGAAGUUACAAAGAUUUAUUUUAAGUGUCCUGUUGUCAAGGCUGUGAGAAAUAUCUCCCUUAUGGUCAGGAAGUCUGAGUGCUUUGGAUUACUUGGAUUAAAUGGAGCUGGAAAAACUACAACUUUCAAAAUACUGACCGGAGAAGAGACUAUCACUUCUGGAGUUGCACUUAUUGAUGGCAAUAGUGUCAUUGAAAAUCCAAGAAAGAUUAGGUCAAGAAUUGGUUACUGUCCUCAGACUGAAUCUGUGCUGAACCACAUGACAGGUUGGGAACUACUGAGCAUGUACUCUAGGCUGUGGGGGGUCCCAGAGCAAAACAUUAAUGAGUACGUGGAAACCUUUCUGCAUUCAAUGCACCUGGAACCCAUUGCCAACCAGCUCAUCCACACAUACAGUGGCGGAAGUAAACGCAGGCUAAGUACUGCUAUUGCCUUAAUGGGAAAGUCUUCAGUUGUCCUCCUGGAUGAACCAUCUACUGGCAUGGACCCAGUGGCUCAGCAUCUGCUGUGGGACACAGUUACAUGGAUCUGUAAGACUGGUAAAGCUAUCAUCAUAACUUCUCACAGAAUGGAAGAAUGUGAGACACUCUGUACUAGGCUAGCCAUCAUGCUGAAAGGGAGUUUUACAUGCCUAGGCAGCCCCCAGCAUGUCAGAAAGAGGUUUGGUCAUGUAUACACUCUAACAGUGAAGAUCAAUAUUGCUAAGGACAGAGAUAAAGUUGCAGAGUUCAAACGAUUUAUUAAAACAACUUUCCCAGGUAACAUCAAAAACCAGGAAUUUCAAGGAAUCAUUGGCUACUAUAUUCCAAGCAAGGAAAUCUGCUGGGGAAAGGUAUUUGAAAUUAUGGAGGAAGCUAAAAUGCUGUUUAAUCUAGAAGACUAUUCUUUCAAACAAGUAACACUGGAACAAAUCUUUCUGACCUUGGCUAAUACAGAUAAAAUGAGAUUGCAGCCCAACCAGUGACCAUCUUUUCUCAUACUGCUGUCUGCCACUGAAUACAUAGAAGUCUUUUACAUAUACAUAUACAAAUAAAAACCCUGGGGAAGAUA